UGUUCUUAUUAUUUUUAUAUUAAAACAAAAUUAGUGUCUUUUAAUUAAUGAAGAAUAAUGUCAGUGUUAAAUAUUGGAGCACUUACUGAGCCUAUUAAAUCAAGGAGAGUGAGUAGACAAAGUACUCCACCUCCAGAUGGAUGUAUUUUCCCUGAAAGUUCCUGCAAAGAUAUUGCACGCAAACCUGGUACUGAUUAUCGAAUACGACUUUUACAAUAUAAUCAACGUAAAGCUGAAUAUGCAGAACAAUAUAAACAAACGAUGAGUAAAAAUGUAAAGGAUGAAAUACAUAAUGUGGCAUUCUUUAAAAGUAGUGAAAAUCGUUUUUAUUAUAAACAAUUACAUACACGUGUCAAAAAUAAAAUUGAAAAUAUGCGUGCAUCAAUACCAGUACGUCGUGAAAAGUUGAAAAAGUUAUUCAUCGAAGAAAAAAAACAACAUUUUCUGGAAACAAUAGCACAGGCACAAAAAGUGAAUAAAAAUGCGUUAGAAAAUUUGCGCCAAAAAGUUGCUGAAGUUCGAGAAAGAAGGAAUAAAGAAACUGAAGAAUUUGUUAAACAAAAGAGACUUUUACAAAUGUUUGACAAGACUGAUGCAUUCCGAAGCUUUUUGGCUAAUCAAAAUUUGGAAGAUUCCAAACGUUGUCAGUUACAGCAAAUAGAGGAAAAUAAGAGGCGAAAAGAAUGUGAACAACAGAUGGAAAAUAUGUGGCAUGAUUUAAAAAUGAAAACGAUUAAAGAAAUGGAGCAAAAAGAAAUUCAUGAAGCAACUGUGCGAAAAUUAAAAGAGUUAGAAGAUAUUGAAAUACGUAACAAACAAAUUGAAGGGCGUAAAGUACUUAUUGACGAAUUAAAUCGAUCGAGAUAUAUUGAACGAAUCGAAACGGAAAAAGCUGUAAAACAACUACAGGAAGAUUUAGAAAAUGCUAAAAGAAUGAAACAACAACAAGCAGCUGAAAUGCGUAGGUUUCUUGAGGAGCAAAUCAAUGAAAGAAAAGCCCUUCAUAAGCAACAGGCUGAACAAGAACGAAUAAUUGAUGAAGCAUAUCAAAAAUUACUUGAAGAGACCUUAGCUGCUGAGAAAGCUGCAGUUACAAAUAGAAAAGAGGAAUUAAGAUUUGAGUGGGGCAUGUUCAAAAAUUACGAUUCACAAAUUAAAGAUGCACAAAGAAGAGAUGCUGAAGCAUUUGAGAGGCUUGUUUCAGAAGAUCGCAAAGCAUUAGAUCAAAUUAAAAUAGAGCAGCAACGAAAAUUAUGCGAAUAUCGUCGAGAACUGGCUAAGCAAUUGCAUUCAGAUCGACAACAAAUAUCAAAAGAUCGUCAAGAGAGAGCCGAAAAAGAAAAGGAAGAUUCACGUUUGUAUGAUGAAACUAUACGUAAAAUGAAUGAAAUAGAUCUAGCAAUGGAGAAAGAAGAGAAAGCAAGAUUAUUUGAAGAACAAAAACAGUAUUACAAUGAUUUACAAAAACAACACGAAUAUCAACUUUUAAAUGAGGAGCGUAAGAGACAAGAAGAACGUAAAGUACAACAAUCUGCUAUUGAAACCGAAAAGGAAAUUGAUCGUAUAAUAGAUCAAAUACGUUCUGGGAAUAUACCAAUGACAAAAAGUAGCCAUCCUUUUGUGCCAUUUAUAAAUAAAGAGUGUGUAUGUCCAAAGACUUCUAAUUAA